GCGCCGGGAUCUCUGGCACGCGUGAAUGUGUGUGAAUAUUGUUCUGUGUUCUCCCUGUGCUGAGCAGAGUCAUGGGAACGUUCGAAGCCCCAUCCUCCCGAAUGGCUGGUUAACACAAGGCAUUUCAGGUUAAAUGCCACUCCCACAGCUAACUUGAGAAGGAUGAACCUGUGAAAUGAUCACCCUCGACUCUUAAUUCGUGUUUUAAUGGAAGCUGGGAAAAGAAAAUUAAGGAAAAUCAGCAUUUCAGAAAGUCUCAGAGAUAUUUGGAUUUUCCUGAAAAGAUGCCAGUCCGAACUGUAGGGGAGUUUACACCGAGGACCAGUUGAUACUUUUUUUUGUCUUUGGGGGAAGUUUUGCACUUUGUAAGUUCUCGAGGAAGAGAUCAGGAUCCUUAACGGCAUUUAAUACAAGUGCCUUAAACUGUCCGCUAACAAAAUGUAUCAAGUGUCAGCAAACAUUUGUUUGCUGUUCCUCGUUGUGACCUCUGCGAUUAACACGGGAAUAAUGCAACCCCACAUGCCUAAUGUUUGCCCGGAGCAGGAGGUGGUGAUGAUUGGCCACAGGCAGCCAUGCGUUCAGGCCUUCACCCGGAUGGUCAAGGUGUGGAAACAAGGAUGUGGAGAACAGAAGUGGUGUGUGGGACAUGAGAGAAGGACUGCAUAUUACACUGCGUACAGACAAGUGUACAGGAUGGACUUUCAGAUGGUGUACAAGUGUUGCCCUGGCUGGAAACGACUCAACAAUGAAGCGGGAUGCUUGUACCCCAUUUGCAGUACUGGAGUGUGCUUCAAUGGUGGCAAGUGCAUUGAGGGAAUGUCACAACUAUGUCAGUGCCCAAAAGGCUUUCAAGGACCUCGUUGUCAAUAUGAUGUGAAUGAAUGUGAGGAAGACAAUGGGGGAUGUGAAGGUCAAUGCUGUAACACUAUUGGCAACUUCUACUGCCAGUGUCACGAGGGCUUGAGGCUGAAGGCUGAUGGGAAGACUUGCGAAGAUGUGGAUGAGUGCCAAGUCCACAAUGGAGGUUGUCAGCAUAAAUGCAUAAAUACCCUGGAAUCGCAUUACUGUGAGUGUAAAUCAGGCUUCCGACUUCACACUGAUGCCCGCACCUGUAUUGGUAUCAAUACAUGCUCGAUUGGAAAUGGAGGCUGUGAACAUGACUGUGUUCAGUUGUCAAUAGCACACUAUCAGUGCAGAUGCCGACACAACUACCAGCUCAAGGAGGAUGGGAAGCACUGUGAACUGAAGAAUCCAUGUGCUGAUAAGAAUGGAGGCUGUAUGCACAAGUGCCACAACCACAAUGGAGUCGCCAGGUGUGAUUGCUACCCAGGGUAUGGAUUGGCCAGUGACACCAAGGGAUGUGAAGACGUUGAUGAGUGUGUAUUUGGAAUCGCUGAUUGUUCACACGGAUGCAUCAACACUCGUGGAUCUUUCUCCUGUGUUUGUAAUGCAGGCUAUGAGCUGGGUGCCGAUGGGAGGCAGUGCUACCGGAUUGAGAUGGAGAUUGUCAACGGUUGUGAAUUAGACAAUGGAGGAUGUUCCCAUCACUGCCGGCACACAGCUGCUGGCCCUCAGUGCAGCUGCAAUCAAGGCUUUCAUCUUGAUGCUGAUCAGAAGACAUGUGUAGAUCUGGACGAGUGCGAUGGCGGUGCUGGCUGCUGUCAACAAGACUGUUUCAACACCCCUGGAGGCUAUGAGUGUGGCUGUCACGCUGGAUAUCGGCUCAAUCUGGACGGCUGUAUGUGUGAUGAUGUUAAUGAAUGUGCCAUGGAAGAUGACAUAUGCGAACACAUCUGCCAGAACACAGAAGGAUCCUUCCAGUGCCUCUGCAACAUUGGGUACAAGCUGGAGGAGGAUCGGAAGACCUGCAUCCCCCUAGAUGACCCAGUAGAGGCUCUGAAUGGCCGGCCUAGUUAUGGAAGGCUCUUUCCUGAGGUGACUUUCUACCAUGGAGAGGAACUGACCCAAUUAUUCGACGAUGAGGAGGACGAUGCUGGGGAAGGAGAAGCACGGGGAGAAUUCACCUUGUCACAGAGCUUUGUGUGCUGGGAUGGUACCUUUGGGAAUGACUGCAGCUUGACCUGUGAGGACUGUAGGAAUGGUGGCACUUGCAAUGAAGCUCAAGAUGGAUGCAUUUGCCCAGAGGGAUGGACUGGGAUUGUGUGUAACCAGACUUGUCCAGAGGGAACAUUCGGGAAAAAUUGCAGCUUCCUGUGCAAGUGUAAGAACGGUGCGACAUGUGAGCCGCUGACGGGGAAGUGCCGCUGCCCUCCAGGGGUCAGUGGUGAGAUGUGCGAGGAUGGCUGCCCCAAGGGAUUUUAUGGAAAAGCCUGCAACAAGAAAUGCAACUGUGCCAACAAUGGACGCUGCCAUCGAAUCUAUGGUGCCUGUCUCUGUGAUCCUGGGCUUUACGGCCGCUUCUGCCAUCUACCUUGUCCAAAAUGGACACAUGGGCCUGGCUGCUCGAAUCAGUGUCAAUGUGAACAGCACAACACGCUGGAAUGCAGCCGCAAAGAUGGAAGCUGCAUCUGCAAGCCCGGCUACCAUGGAAUCUCUUGUCAAAAUGCUUGUGAUCCUGGUUUUUAUGGAGCUGGAUGCAAAAGUAAAUGUAGCUGUUCAGCAGGUAUUUCUUGUGACCAUGCAACUGGCGAAUGCAAGAUGCUGUGUCCGAAGGGAUAUCACGGAAAAAACUGUAGUCAAGAAUGUGCCAACAGCAAGUUUGGAGCCAACUGCCUGCAGAUAUGUGAUUGUGGGGGAGCCCCAUGUCACAGGGUGACUGGAGAAUGCAUCUGUCCAGCUGGUAGAACUGGCCUUGGUUGCAAAAAAGAUUGCCCACCAGGACACUGGGGCCUGAGCUGCCAAGGGAGCUGCCCUGCCUGUGAGAACAAUGGGACCUGUAAUAAGGAGACUGGCCAGUGUACUUGCCCACCAGGAUUCAUGGGGAAACUGUGUCAGAACAUUUGCCCCACAGGCCGAUAUGGCCUGGGCUGUCAGAUGCGAUGUGCAUGUGAGAACAAGGGGCAGUGCGACCCAGUCACAGGACGCUGCAAGUGCUCCCCAGGAUGGACUGGCCACAACUGCAGAAGAGCCUGUGAUGCUGGCCGAUGGGGUCCAGACUGUUUGAACACCUGUGACUGCAGGAACAGUGAUGGGAGUUGCCACGCUGUCACUGGACAGUGCAUCUGCGAGGCAGGUUUUACUGCCCAACGCUGCGACCAGAAGUGCCCCGAAGGUACCUACGGAUCCGGCUGCCGGUACCGGUGUCAUUGUGAAAAUGGGGCAGCAUGCGAUCACGUGAGUGGUGCUUGUAACUGUACAGCAGGCUGGCUCGGAACGUUCUGUGAGCGAGCUUGUCCUGAUGGGUUUCAUGGCCUGGAGUGUCGUAAGGUAUGCGACUGUCAGAAUGGUGCUCACUGUGAUCAUGUGACAGGGUCCUGCUCAUGCCCUGCUGGCUGGAUUGGACUGAGCUGCAAUCAGUCAUGUCCAGGGCAGACUUUCGGGGAGAACUGCAGCCAGUCUUGUCAUUGCAACAAUGGUGCCAGCUGUGAUCAUGUGACUGGUUGGUGCAGCUGUGCUCCUGGCUGGACAGGAGACCAGUGUCAGGAAGCAUGUUCCCCUGGUUUCUAUGGUAUCAGCUGUUUGCAGAGAUGCAUCUGUCAAAAUGGUGGAUGGUGUGAUCAUGCGACCGGUCACUGCACAUGUCGUGUAGGGUGGACAGGAGUGGCAUGUGAGCUGGAGUGUACAUCAGGAAGGUACGGAUUGGACUGCCAGCAGCAGUGCGACUGUCUGAAUGAGGGGCUAUGUGAUCGGCAGAGUGGGAAGUGUUCUUGCCGCCCAGGAUGGAUGGGGGAAAGAUGUGAAAUCCCUUGCCCCAGAGGAACUUACGGAGAGCACUGUGAGGAGCAUUGUGAUUGUGAGCAUGGAUCAUCGUGUCACCAUGUGACGGGGAUGUGCCAGUGCACUGAGGGAUGGAGAGGGAGACGGUGCGAGAAAGCUUGCUGGCCAGGUUACUAUGGUGGUAGCUGUGCGCAGCGAUGUAACUGUUCCCCCAACAUCCCCUGCAACCAUGUGACGGGUGAAUGUGGCUGCCCCCCAGGGUUUAUGGGCAAUGGGUGUGAACAGACCUGCUUACCGGGUACCUAUGGGCAGAACUGUAACCAGGUGUGCCAGUGUUCUGCCCAGAACCAGCAGUGCCACCCAGUCAGCGGAGAAUGCAUCUGUGCACCUGGUUACCGUGGAGAAAGCUGCAACCUGAAAUGUCCAGCUGGAAGGUAUGGAUCCAAUUGUAUACAGCAAUGUCGGUGUCUGAACAAAGGCCACUGUGAAACAGUGACUGGGACGUGUGUCUGUCCACCUGGGUACAUUGGAGCAGACUGCAAUCAGACCUGCCCUGCUGGUCACUACGGGAUGGACUGCGCUCUGAUCUGUUCCUGUGGGGAAGGUGCGAAAUGUGACCACGUGACCGGACAAUGCACCUGCCCAGCGGGCAGGACUGGUUCCCAGUGCCAACACGUGUGCCCCAAGGACAGGUUCGGUGAUGGGUGCCAGAACAUCUGUGCCUGCAGAAAUGGUGGGUUGUGCAGUCCAAUCAAUGGCUCCUGUUCCUGUGGUCUGGGCUGGAUGGGACCCAACUGUGAGCAAGAGUGUCCCGUUGGGAAGUUCGGUGCGAACUGCCAGUUGGACUGUGCCUGCCAGACCAAUGCGAGCUGUGACCGAGUGACUGGGUACUGCCACUGCCCCAAAGGAUACUAUGGGCGAUCCUGUGAGCAUGUCUGCCCACUUGGAUUUCACGGAUCCAACUGUCAACACUUAUGUGACUGUAGAAACAGUGCAGCCUGUGACCCUGUGACUGGCCGGUGCUUGUGUUCAGCUGGGUACCAUGGAGACCACUGUGAGAAAGAAUGUGAGCAGGGACAAUAUGGAGACCACUGCCAGCAGCUGUGCGACUGUGAAGGAGGCGCACCUUGUGAACCUGCAACCGGACAGUGUCUCUGCUCCCCAGGGAAAACAGGCACCAGGUGCGACAUUGAUUGCCGAGCCAAUCGCUAUGGGCCCAACUGCUCCUUAAGCUGUGACUGCUCCAAUAAUGCCCGCUGUGACUCUCGGAAUGGACACUGUACCUGUCUGGAUGGCUGGAUCGGACCUACCUGUGAGGAAGGAGGACCUCCGAAGCCACCACAUCACCUGCAACCUGCUGCCCUUAGGAACGUGGUACCAGAAAUCAGCUCAGGGCUGUAGUCACCUCAGUGAGUGCAGAGGCAGCUGUCAAGGAGACUGCUUCUCAAACUACAUCCCUGCCAGAAGACAGACACCACUGAAAGAAGAAUUAUGGGACCGCACAUUCGAAGAAUCGGGCACGAGUCCCAUCAUCAUUCAGGCCAUUCAGCUAAUAUAAAAAAAAAGGAAUUGCUGACGGAUUUUUAGGACUCAGCCUUGCGUUGUGGUCAAGGUCCAGGAGAAAAGGAGGUGUUCGAACCCAUGGCUUUCCCAUCUCCUUGGAACCCUGAACGAUGAACAAGCUCAAAAUUUAGGCUGAUGGAAAUAUUCUUGAUACCUUAAAGACUUUUCUUCUACUAUAAUAUACAUUAUAUAUAACUUUAUUUUUAUAAAGCAAAUCCCAAAUGGACCAAAUCACUGGGAUUAUUAAGAUUACAGGUUGGUUUUAAUCCUGGCACAACACUAACUGACCGAGGAAGUGGUUAAACAUCAUACCUCAGUUUGCCAUCCAGUGUUGGCUAGAGGGUGGCUUUUUCAUUUCGGUGGGAAGUUUGCACACUGACAUCAAGACUUUGCAAUCACUACAAUGCAGCAAGGGAGCAGGAGCUCUGCAACAGAGGCCCAAGGAUUAAGGAGGCAGCCAGUGUUAAACAUUAGCAUCUGCAGACUCUUGUUGGCAGGGUGAAUGGAAUGCGACAGUGUUUAGAGAAUGUAUCUCUGACAUUUAGACACCCACCAGUUCCCACUAUAACCUGCUCAAGUCCAAUUCUACCUUCAGUAUCUGUUAGAGUCCAUCAUUGAUCCAGUUCUGACGAUGCUUCUUGUUUCAUUCACCAGCUCGGGGCAGACUGUUCCCUGUUAUUGUACCUCUGCAGUCCACAGAAAGGUUGUGACUACAUAAGUCAGACUGAACUACAGUAGAAUGGCUUAAUAAACUCUUGUCAAAAGGCUGAACAUGAACAGUCACAAGGCCUACUCUCAUUCUUCCCUUUCUCUCUCUAUGUUGCUUGUGUCUUUGAAUUCCUCAGGUUCUGUAUAAAUUUACAACUUUUCUAUUCCCUAUGCUGAAAUACAGAUUCCAUCUCCUUCAAUACCUUCCUUUCCAGGCAUCACAACACUGCAGGUCCUCAUCAACUCCUGUACACUGCACCCUUUAAAACAGACCUAUUUCUGCUUUACUGUUACACCUUGUGGCCGGGUUUAAGCAGGGCAUCUCACCCCUUUAUUUGCUGCUCUCUCUGGAACCAGGACCAAUCAUAGGAGCUCCCCAUGUACCACCAUUGUUUCUAGACCAAGGGAACCAGGGCAGGGUGAAACCAAGGGGUGGAGUGGAGCUCCAUUUUAGAACAAAGACUAUUUCACCCACCAGUUACCUGCCGUUUAUUGGGAACUGUGCAAGUGGUUGAACUUAAGAAUUCAUCAUCUGACUCUUCAGAAUGGUUGUAGAGAACCAGUCCUCUGCUCUCCAGCUUGCUUUACGCUGCACUGUUCUCGAAAAAGAAUUGGGCUCAUCAAUGACAUUUCCUCUCCCUUCCUCGAUCGGCCAGCAGGCCAUUGGCCUGGCUUUGGCUGUCAGGACAGAGUCGCUGCUCACCUGACCACUUGCAUCCCCUGGUGGAAACUUGCAAAAGGAGGCUAGAGUCAAAGACACUGGCAAUUGUCCAAGCCAAACCCCAAGCUUAGCCAGCUGUCAAAAUACCAAAUAUUUCUGACAUUCAGAAAUGUUCCAAAACUAUUUUGAAAUAAUAAAAUUAUGGAAGAAAAAAAUAACAAUGCUAAAAUAUUUAACGUUUAAAAGUAUUCAAAUGAACUUGAUGUUAAAUAUCUAAAAAUACCUACACUUAAUCACUAGUAUCCAUUCUCCCCCUUUAGGGCGAGUGGAGGAACGCUGCCUGUGUCAUGUCUAACCUGGUGUCCUCUUAUCAGGUUCUCCAGCUGAAGUGCCGCUGCCUUCUUAGCGCCCUGGGCUUGAGGAUGACUUACCACCACUCUAGUUCUGUGGCUGCUGAGAUGGCUGUUGAGUCAUGUGGGAUCUGCAGAGUCUGCCACAGGUGGGGCAGGUUGGUGCUUGACAGGGCAGGCAGGUGGGUAGUUCAGGAGGUAGCACACUCCUGUCAUUUACACUUCAAUGUGUUCCUGAUGCAAGGGCACAAGGUCCUAGAAAUGUGCAGGACAGAGGUCACUGUUGCCUGGCUUUGUGCUUAGUUUACACCUUAAUCAUCAUAUACUGUUCUUCAGAACGGUAAAGGCAGUGACUGGUGAACUGAACAUAAUAGCAAAUUGCAUCAUCAACAUCUGCCUUCAAGAGCAUGGCUGAGAUAUGGGAAAUGGUCCACAUUUUCUAAUGGCUUGUCAUAGACCUUUAUUGUUAGGGGCAGGUUGGCAGAGGACCUUUGUUUUGCAGAUGUUGAGUAUAGGGCCCAUCCCCGGUACACUUCAGUGAAUACAUUGACAAUGACUUGGAGCACCAUCCCUGAACACAUGCAUACACAAGUAUUGUCCGCAACUGUAACUUGAUGACUGAAGUUGGAGUGACUUUGGUUGUGGAGUGGAGGCAGUAUAGGUUGAACAGUCCUCCAUUUGCCCUAUCGAUUAGUGGGAAGUUUAUUGAAGGCGAGGUGCUGAACUGAAGGGUAAUCGUGCAGCUCUUAUAAGGCUCACGAUUUACACAUGGAAUCCCCAGUUUGCUCGCACUUAUGUGAGGAAAUGCUGGCAAUUCCACAGAUAGUCCAGUUUGACAGUCAACAAUUUCUUGAUAAGUUGCUAAUGUGCUUUAGUCCUCCUAGAGUUCCCAUUUCAUACUCUGAAUGGCAGGAAAAUAAAUGAAGUCUUCUGCCUCGUGUCAACUGGCACUACAGGAUGAAGUGAGUAGAUGCUCAGAGAGAGAUUAAACAUCUCCCAAACACCAACCAUUCAAUUUAGGAAUAAAUUAGAGGUGCUAUUAUGAAUAUAUGAAUAAAUUAUCAGGUCAUUUGUGUUUUACUCAAUUUAAUGUGUUGUAUACACAUGGUUUUCUAAUGAAAAUAUUUGUAUUCCUGCAUACUACAAUAAAAGGAGUCUGAACUCACCAAUCCAAUUCUCUUCACCAGCAAUGUGGAAAUGAAUUUUGCUGCUUGCCAUCCCUAGGGAUCCAAUUUCCCUUGAAUCCUGCUUUUUAGCAAGUUGCUUAUUCAUACAUACAGUUAUACAGCAUGGAAACAGGCCCUUCGGCCCAACUUGUCCAUGCUGACCAAGGUGCCUACCUGAGCUUGUCCCAUUUGCUUGCAUUUGGCCCAUAUCCCUCUAAACCUUUCCUACCCAUGUACCUGUCCAAGUGUCUUUUAAAAGUUGUAAUUGUACCCGCCUGUACCACUUCCACUGGCAGCUUGUUCCGUGUACCCAGCACCGUCUGUCCGGAAAAUGUUGCCCCUCACGUUCCCUUUAAAUCUUUUCCCUCUCACCUUAAACCUAUGCCCUGUAGUUUUGGCCCCCCCCCCCGGAGAAAAGGCUGUGUCUAUCUACUUUAUCUAUGCCAUAUUCAAGGAGCAAGUUGUUAUUGACCUUCAGUUACUGGGUAUCUUGCCAUCUCUAUUGUCUUAUAUCAAAGUGAUUCACGGAACAUUAGUGACAAAGUAAAAUGCAGGAGCAGCAUUGAGCACAAGUUGACACAAGAGUUACAUAGUGAGAUAAUUAGAGCAGGUGACCAGAAGCUUGGAUAAGAGGUUGGUUUGACAACACCUUUAGAGAGAGAAGACUGGAGAGUGAAUUCCAGAGCUCACAGAAGUGAUUCACAACAUCUAGCUCAUGAAGAGUACAUUUCUUUCUGGCUUGCAUAGGACCUAGUGCUUCGUGCUUUAUUGUUAAUUGGCCCGGAGGUGGUUUAGUUAAUAAUUGACAGGUACUGGGACAACAUGCAGCCACUGAUAAGACCAAGUGACUCACUGGUUGCAGAGUCACAAGCCUCGCCCCGAUGGAUCCAAUUGAAUCCCUGUCUCCUAGUCAAUCAGGAGGAAGGACGCUUUCGAGUCAAAGAGAGAGACAGCACAGAAACAGGAUCUUUGGCCACAGAGUCCAUGCCAACCAUCAACCACCCAUAUACACAAUUGUUAUGUUAAUACCAUUGUUUUUUUGUUCUUCCCACAGUCCAAUCAACUCCCCCAGAUUCUACUACUCACCUACACACUAGCAGCAACUUACAGUGAACAAUUAACCUACCAACCAGAUUGUCUUUGGGACAUGGGAGGAAACUGGAGUGCCUGGAGGAAACACAUUCGACCACAGGGAGAAGAUGCAAACUCCACAGUCAGCAGCAGACAUCAGGAUUGAAGAUGGGUUGCUGGAGCUAUAAGGCAGCAGUUCUACUCACGUGCCGACUGCUAUGGUAGAAGAGCAUGAGAAACAGGGAGAUAACUGGAAAGAUGUGAAGCAGGGUGAAAGAGAGCAUGAGCACCAGAUGGCAAGGGAGCACAGAUGGGAAGGCCUUUCAAGAACGAGCAGUUUUGCAUCGAGGACCAUGCACCUUCCAAGACUGAGACACAAGAGACUGCAGAUGCUGGAAUCUGGAGCAAAAAACAAGAACUCAGCGAGUCAGGCAGCUUCUGUGGAGGGAAAUAGAUAGUUGAUGUUCCAGGUUGAGACCCUUCAUCUGGGCUGAAAGAGGGGAGAUAGCCAGUAUAGAGAGGGGAAGGGUGGAGUAAGAGCUGGCAAGCAAUAGGUGAGGAGGGGUCGAAUGGUAGAUGGAGUCAGGUGGGGGAGGGAAGGGCGGAAAUAGAAAGGCUGGG